AUGUCUUUGUUCAACUUCCCCUCUCCUGCCCCUCUCGUCCUCGUCCCUCUUUCUCCCUCUAUUCUGCUGUUACGCAUUCCAGCUCUUCUUCAAGAUGGGAUUGCAGGCACCGGGUUUGAGUUCCCUCCGCGAUUUGGGUCUCGUUCGCCAGCGACCACAAACGCCGACCUAGUGCCAAAUGACGAGUCGAUCAACUUUAUGACUAAAGAUAUGAGAGCCCUGGUCAAGCAGAUACAGGACUUGCGUCAUCUGGGCAUUGAAGACAGCAAAAUUGCAUUGCCUAAAAUCUGUGUGGUUGGUGACCAGUCGACCGGCAAAUCCUCUCUCAUCGAGGGCAUGUCUGAAAUCAAAGUUCCUCGUAGCGCAGGAACCUGUACGCGCUGCCCCAUGGAAAUCAAUCUCUCAGACAGCGAGCAGCCAUGGAAGUGCUCGAUAUCUUUGACCAGCUCUCACACGUUUUCCACCAAGCAAGGCUUUCGAAAAGCGACCAAGGCUAAACCACUAGGUCCUUGGAACCCUCUUGAUGAACCUCAAGACGAGCCGUUUAUGACCAUAUUCUCGAAGGAUCAGGUCCAGGACGCCAUAAAACGUGCGCAAUUAGCGACACUGAAUCCACACCACAACCCAGUCGACUACCUGCCAGGCUCCUCCAUCAAUAUCGAGAAUGCUUCUACUUUGGUCAAAUUCUCACCAAACGUGGUCCGUCUUGAUAUCACAGCACCUAGAUUCCCCAAUCUGUCAUUCUAUGAUCUACCGGGAGUCAUCAGCCAAACCGAAGUUGACGACGAAGCCUACCUCGUCACGAUAGUAGAGAACCUGGUUAAGCAUUACGUUUCACAGGAAAACUGCAUUAUUCUUCUGACACUGCCGAUGACGGACGAUGCCACGAAUUCCAGUGCAGCGCGCAUCGUCCGAGAAAUCAAGGCCACCCACCGCACAUUAGGUGUUCUGACCAAGCCAGAUCGCGUGGAAGAUGUUUCUCAGUGGACGGACCUCUUGACAGGUCAAAAGUUCCGCUUCGGCCAUGGUUAUUAUGUUGUCAGGAAUAACCCCGAUCCCAAAGUUGAGCACAGACUGGCCCGUCGCGAAGAAGAGCAAUUCUUUGCCGGCAGUCCAUGGACCGAAGACAGCCUUGCCGUCUUCAAACCCAGACUGGGUACGCGGAAUCUACAAAAUGCGCUAUCCAAGUUACUCCUAGACCAAAUCAAAGAAUGCCUUCCUCAUGUAACAACACAGAUACGUGAAAAGGCUCGGCGAAUCAAUGAGCAACUUAGCUUUCUUCCCGAACCAGUUAAUCAAAAUACCUUGUACAUCCUGUGCGCCAAACUCCAAGAACUAAAGUCGGCCAUAUCCGCAAGUCUGGACGGCGGCUCAAAGGAAAUGUCAAUAUUGAAGAUUUGGAACCAUAUUGCGGACGACUUUUUCACAGCAAUGCAGUGCACAAAGCCUGUGGUACAACUAUUGAGCGCCCAGGAGGUUUUCGUAAGAGCCUCAAGGGACACCGCUGGCGACAAUUCCGAUUGUGAAGAAAUCGAGAGCAUUCCAAGCGCGAAACAGACUCCGAAACGGAAAUUGGCUUCGGAUUCAGAAAGGGAACCGGCUGAAAAUCCUACAUCUACUAAGCAAGCUCUUACCAACCCUUUUCAGAAAUACCGCACAGAACAUUUCCUGCGCUUUCAAGAACCUGGAAAGACUUUUGACCUCCUGGAGAUCCGCGGCUAUAAUGAGGAUUGGUCAUGCGGUGGUCUACACAACCAGAUACACCCCAAGGCUAUUGAGCUAAUGAACAAACUUAGCAUCUCGCACUGGGAGGCGCCAAUGAGGGUAUUUCUCAAAAAUACCUACAGGCUUGUCAAAAGCAAAAUCCUAGAGCAGGUUAACAACGUGUUGACCGAGUAUCAAGAGACAGAUUUGCAACGUGAAGUAUUGAAGAUUGUCAUUGAAUACCUGGGUGAGCUGAAGAAGGACACUGAGUCUCAUGCUAACCAGCUGUACAAUUUCGAAAUGAAUCAACCUACCGCACGGGAUCGCGAGACUAUGCAAAAGUACGGAGAGGCUUAUUACAAGGAAUUGAAAAAGGCUCGCAAGCACAAAAAGGUACAGUUGAUUCUGAAAAGUCAAGGUCGAGAGCUCCCACCAGAUGCAGCAAAGGCAGAGAAAUUUGUUGAAUCAACAAAUCUGGGUCCUGAUCCUUUUGAGAAUGAAAUCAAAAUGAUGGCGACCACUGGUGCUUACUACAAAGUGGCAUUCGCACGUUUCGUGGACAAUCUCUGCAUGAGCAUACAGUUGAGGCUAUUUGCAAAAUGCAAAGAGAAUAUCUACAAUGAAAUCGAGACAAACCUCGGUAUCAAAGAGGACAGCGCCCUAUCUCGCUGUGCACAGUUGCUGGCCGACGAUCCGGAUCGCCAGCGUCGUCGGGAAUUUCUAGUCAAAGAACGAGAAAAAUUAGCUACUGCAUUGAAAUGGCUCAAUGACGCUGAAAAAAGCGAUAGUAGCACUGGUGACGAUGACGAUGACCAUGUCGACAAUAAACAGUCCGUUUUUGCGUAG